CCUUGGAGGUCGAGAAACAGUGCACAUCAGUUACCUGUAGUCUGUACAGUUUUUGGUGCAUCGAUAUAAUUUCUGCUUCGUGCCAGAUACCAUAAUGGCAUAGUGGCUCAUAUAUCAUAGCCUGUGGCUGUGAGCCUGUGGGGGUACUUGAGCAGCAACGACAAGGAAUUUCCACAGAUCUCGAGAAUAUGUUACGAGUACAUGUCAGAAACCUGACAUGAGAGAGCUGUAAACAGGCCACAAAUCCGGGUGCACCGAAACUCAUCUGCAGCGCAACGAAUUUGUGUUUCUGUUUUUAAUGUUAUUUAUCAAACUGGAAUUUUAGUACAAUUAGCGCACUAUUUUAUGGAAAGUAAAAAAGUACGAAGACUGAGCCUCACCAACAUAAAUAAAUUUUGCCGAUUUUGAAGAGAUUGUCAUUUGGCAAGAACGUUUUCUAAAAAAUAUAAAGACCCCAGCUUGGAAUGCUGAUAUCGGUAUAACAACAAUAUAAUUAUUGAUUUAACGAUAAUAUGUAUUAUUAAUAUUUAGUGUACAUAUAUUUAGUGUGUUAUAUAUAUUGUACAUAAAUGUAUUGGUGCAGGCAUAUAGGUAUAUGUUAGUGUAUCGGUUUUUGCUGGAUAAACAGAAGUUUGUUAUUGACAUGCUUGGUCGAUAAUUAAUGUUGUCGGUGCGCAAGACCGCCGAUGCAUGCAUGCCUUGCAGUGCCGGAAGCAUUCUACAAAAGAGGGGUAAUAAAUGGAAUAAAGUACAAAUGCUACUUUGGAUCAGCAUGUCCCAUCACUGCCGGAACACGAGGCCGCAGAUGCAAAGCAUGCCGUUUCCGGCGCUGCCAGGAAGAGGGAAUGGAUGUCCGAGCGAUGAAAGGCAGCCGAUCAUGGCGAGCCCAAGACGAAAAAUUCGAGAUGUCGCCCACUAUGGUAGACAACCAUAAUCCUCAACGUGAUUACGUUCCGGAUCAAGAAGAUGCAAUAUUGGGGAGUCCUGACUCGGAGACGUACGCCAGGGGCAAUCAUACCUCGGUGUUCCGAUUAGGAAGUUUCUCCGGAAGUUGUGUUAUGCCCAUAUCACGGCCGAAACCGGAAUCUCACGAUUAUACCGGCGUCGUAGCGGUCCGUCAUCAGGCAGAAAAUUAUCCCCGCGUUAAAGUCAGCACGGCGCCUCUAACGGAACAUUCAAAGCCGGACGCAACAGCCUAUUCCGCUCGGCAUUCCAGUAAUUCGCCAGACCGCGGAUUAUCCACGGACACGGGCUAUGCUAACAGCGUAAGCGCGCUCGUUCCCGUUAACCGACCAGCAUCCUUCGGCUUACCGGACGCUAAAGAGGACGACCGUCCAGGAACUACCGGCAACGUAUUUUCCAGCUGGAUGUUAUCCGGCGUAUUCCCCGGGGUAUCGUCCGACUUUCUCGAAACUUCCGACCGUACCACGAUACCGAAAUUCCUGGGGAAUUACGUCCGCGCCAUGCUCAACCGCAGCUACUUUCUGGCGGACACCAUCAACCAGAUGCAACACGCCAUCGAAAACGUUAUCGGAAAGUUAGCGAAUAGGUUUGAAAGUUUUCAGAGCCAUCCAGCAUUCCUACAAAACAAUGCGUCACCUGAGACCGAAAGACGUGUACUGCGAGCGUUGCAGCAUGAUGUGGGAAACAAUUCGCAGUAUUUCAAGCUUUUCCUGCAAUCCCUUCCGGGGUUCGCUGAGAUGGAUCCGCAUUUACUGCAGAAACUAAUUCCACGGCGGUAUUUUCAUUUCUGGGUUUUUUUCCAUUCCUCAUUUUAUUACGAUAAUGCCGACCGUGAAGUGUACUUCCUGGCGGAUAUCAACCUGGAUCAGCGAGCGUAUCAUGUGGACAAAGUCUGUGAGAAGCAAUAUGCGGAUUAUUUAUACCAGUGUGUACUGGACAUUCGGCGGUUACAACUGGAUGACGUGAUGCGAUAUCUGCUGCUGGUCGUAUCCGUUCUCCAUCCAGGUAAUACUCGAUUUCCGGCGGACGAUAAAGCCGUUCUGCAGCCCCUCCACGCUCAUUACCUCGAGGCACUCAUGCACUAUGUUUCGGGCCUUACGCACGGAAAACAACUGGUGACGGCGCUGCAGCAGUUUUUUCUCACUAUCCCCACGAUGAAUGACGUAUCGGAGCGGUAUGUAACGCAGCUGGAUUUCGGUUCGUUGCCGUUGCGCACGGCCGGUGGACAGACGUUCCGGGAACUCUUUCACAGCAUCCUGUGGAAAAAGGAUCACAACGGGGUGGUUAAUCGGUUUCAUUCCGAAGGACGGAUACAUUAGAUUGCGAUUUUCGACAGUAUUUUUCACCAUUUUUGCGGCGGCCAUCUAUGUACUGUUAUAUUUGGAGUUCUGUGCUAUAUUUUUGAGGAGACUUUAUAUUUUGCAACAGAUUUUUAUAAAAUGGUUGUGGGAGAGAUUUGGUCUGGGUUCUGGUAAAAGAACGCUGUAGGUAUAAUUCCGAUACAGAAAGGUCUGAAAUAUUAUAAUAAUUUACAAAUGUUCAUGUGAUCGAAACUUGAGAAAAGCAUAUAUUUAUGAAUAAAACAGA